GUGUGUGUGUGUGUGCGACAGAGAGAGAGAGAGAGAGUGUGCGCGAGAGGGGGAGAGAGAGAGAGUGUGUGUGUGUGUGUGCGAGAGAGGGGAGAGAGAGAGAGUGUGUGUGUGUGCGAGAGAGGGGGAUAGAGAGAAAGAGAGAGAGAGAGAGAGAAAGAGAGAGAGCGAGAGAGUGUGUGUGUGUGUGUGAGAGAGAGAGAGAGAGAGAGAGAGAGGAGAGAGAUAGAGAGAGAGAGAGAGCGAGAGAGAGAGAGCGAGCGUGUGUUUUCAUAAAGCGGAGCUCGGCCGUGGGAGCAGAGCAGAGCCGAGUGGGGGGAUGUCGGGCCGAAGUGGAGCAGCGCCUUGGGGCUGCAGCAACCCCAGCCUGCAGCCCCUCAGAGCCACAGUCCCAUACCAGCUCCAGAGGGGCUCCGCUCUCCUCUGCAGGGAGGUCAAGACGGCUGACAGGACGGCGGCUCGUCCUCCCAAACCCACCAUCCGCAGAACGCUCUCUUUGGACGCCAUCGUCGGACCCUACCUGCAGGGACAGUGGCCCAAAGAUGCGGAGAGCGCGGGCGUCACCUGCGUCAACGACAAAGCCACACAGACUCCAAGUUCCUGGGCAGAGGAGAGCCAGGGAAGGAGAAGUGCUGGCGGACACAAGCGCUCAGCGUCGUGGGGAAGUGCGGAACACUUGAGAGAGGUGGCCAAGCUGAGGCACCAGUUGCAGAAGCGCUCUCGCCAUGCCCCUCCCUCAGCGGCGGGGCACGGGCUCCCCCACCCCCCCGCACCAGCAGGUCAUGCAGCAGGCGUCGCUCAGGCCACGCCCCUGAUGCCACUGAACAGACUCGCCCCACGACUGAGAUGCAGCGUCGAAGGUCUCAACCUGGAGCUGGAAGACGUGUUUGGGUCUGAGAAACCGGACGAUGAACUUGAGGUUUUGGACAUCCCAGACGGCCACAGGGCUCCUGUCCCGGCCCAGAGGUGCAGCAGUGGCUCUCAGAGCGAGCCCUCCCCCGGGCCCCUGGACUCCUCUCUCCUGUCUCCCUGUCAGUCCCCCUGUCCUCUCCAUCCAUCUCUUCUCUCGCCUUCAACGUCCCCUCAAACCUUGAACACGUUGCUUUUAUCACCCUCACAGUCUCCCUGUCCCAUCGGAGAGCCAGAGGAGGUGGACAGUGAGUCUCUGUGUCCCUCUCCAUCUUCAAUGCUUCCUUCAUUUGCACUGGAUCCUCCUCAGCUGCGGCCCUGUUCCUCUUCCCCUCAGCCCAGUAAAACCUACUGCUUCCAGCGCGAGCCACCUGAAGGCUGUGAGCGAGUUCGAGUGUGCGAGGAGGCCAUGUCUGCUUGUCUGGAUGAGCCCCUCCUCUGGCCGUCCUGCCCUGACCCAAACAAAGUGAACUUUACUCCCCACGGAGGCUCUGCUUUCUGCCCCGUCAGUCUCCUGAAGCCCCUCCUGCCCUCCAUGGACCUCCUCUUCCGGGGCUUGUCGGUGUCUCCGGUCACCGGCUGCCCGGGACAAGCGUCUCCUACCAGGCACCUCGGCAUGCAGUAGGUGCACAUCUGAGGAGAUCAUCUCAGGACUAAAGCACACUAUACAGCGGGGACCUGGAGAAACUGGAUGUGCUUUACAUGAAAUCACUUGGCUCAUCACUGGUGUUACAGGAUCACUGUGAUCAAUAGAAGAGACUUUGAGACCAUGAUACUUCUGGCUGCUUUAAUGAUUAUUUCCAACUACAGGAUGUUUGGAUUCAGCUGAUGUUUUCUUCAUAGGCAGUUGAUUUGUUUUGUAAAACAGUUUUCUCCUAUGUGGGCUGAGGAUUAGACUGCAGGCCUUCAGCUCUGGAAAUGUUGGCAAAUGCUAGAAACAUUUUUAGGAACACAGAGGCUUUUUCCUUUUUUCUUUUUUGUUAUGUGCAAACAGCUCAGACAAAGACUACAGUCUGCUGGGAGGAUUUUUAAUACCAACAUGAGUGAAUCCAGAGACAAGAAGCCACGCUCAGCUCACGUGUUGACAUGAGUAUUACUUCCCAUGUGUUUGGCCUAUAGUUUACGGUGGCCUACUUUUCUACAAAUGUAUUUGUAGCAAGAUUUAUAUUUUUGUAUCUUUGUAAUGAACUUAUGUGGCUGGUGAAGCUGUUUUUGUUCACUGAGGAAACUGACUUCUGUACGUUGGUGCUUUGUAAGCAGGAUAUGAGCUUUACUCAGAGAUGUUCUGAGACCGUUUUUCCCUUCCUAAUGCCGAAUCUGAUACCCGGACAUUACCUAUCAGCCCAUACAGAAUACCAUCCCAUACCAGUGCAUUUAAUAGAAUAACAACUUACAUAAUGCACCUGUCCCCCUCCUCGAAACUGAAGUCUUGCAUAUGUUGCAUGUUGCCAUUUUACUUGCCAUGUGAAAUAUUGCCAAAUUGUUGAAAUUUCAGCCGGCUCUGACAAAUGCUAAGUAGAACAGUUUAAUCUGGGUGAAACUAAUGGUAACUGCACAAAAAGAGUGAUGGGAACUUAGGUUUGCGUACUUGACAAUACUCAAACUGGUAAUUCUGGUUGUAUCAGAGGCCUUUCUGAUGCUGGAACAUCUCUAGCUUUACUUGCCUCUGUGGCCAUUGUUCUAAAUUGUUGCAACCUCUAUAAUAUUAAGAGUGGGUGACACUGAUAUUUUGUUUGGUCUCAGUGGUUGGACCUUGUGGCGCAAUAUUAAAUUCCCUGUUUGAUAUAUGUUCAAAUAGAUAAAACACUGUCUUUGUCAGCAUCGUCUUAUGCAACACUGAUUCUUAAUACUGAACUUACAGUAAAAACAUAAUAGAAUAAUCUGGUGCAUUAAACAAUUUGUAUUAUAAGUCAGCUCGGAGUUUUCUCAAACUUGAUUAUUGCACCUAUUUCUUUUUUUUGUACCCUUUUCAGGGUGAUACCAGCUCAGAAUGUUUUGUGUGCUUUUGCUUUUGUUCAGAAAAUAAAAUAUAUUUUUUUGGACAUUCAAA